GUAUUUUUAGUGCGUCGUUAAUCGAGAGACAUGUUAAAGAUCGUUUUGUCUGAGUUGCAUCACAACUUCUUUUUGAUGAAAUGGGGCUGGAUGAUGUGGAUGUUUCUCUACUUCAUGGUCUCAGGUACCAGCUCCCUGGUGGUAGUUCACCAGCCCCCUGUGCUUGCCGCCGCUCUGGGUAAUGAUGUUACCAUGCAGUGUCAGCUCCAGCUGUCCCAUGAUGAGAAGAUGCUGACUGUACCGGUUCUGUAUUGGUUGCGCUUAACACCGGGCCAUGAAAAUCUCAGACUGUGGAGACCCUCUGUGACAUAUAAGGAACGUGUAGCUCUUCUGGACAAAAACUCAAACUCUACAAACAAGUCCAUACUUCUCAGAAAUGUCCAGUGGGCAGAUAGUGGGAAGUAUCUGUGUAAACUCUCCAUCACCACGGAGAAGGGUAAAAGUUUUAGGAGGACUGGAAAUGAAACAUUACUGAUUGUUCAUGACACCAUGAACUUUAACCUCACCGGUCACAAUGACUCUCUGCUCCGGUGUGAAGUAAACGUGUCUCUGCAAACUGGAUUGGUUUUGUCCAUUUUUCAUGAUGGAUGCAAAGCGCAGCCUGUCGACAUCGCUCAGGGGGAUGCUGAUGCAGCUCCGCCCUUCGUCACACUCUCUGAGAAUAUUUCUCUGAAUGGCAGUGGUAAAUAUGAGUGUCAGCUGCACCUGAAUGAAGAUCUGAUAAUGAAAAGCACCUUCCACUACCUUCCGCCUGUGGCGGAACAAGGCGGAGACGCUAGAAAAAAUCUUAUGACAACACGUCCGACAAUCACCUCUGAUGAGGUGCUGUAUCCUGAGCCAUGGCUGCUGUAUGUGUCUCUCCUUCUGGUUCCCAUCACAAUCCUGCUGGGCCUGGUAACCGCCCUGCUGAUGUGCAGAUUAUAAUUUUGGCAGAAAUUUGGCAGAAAUGGCGACACCUGGCAACAGAGAUCCAAGUGGUUCGCCAUCUUCAAGAUCAAAACCACUCAUAACAUACUGCACAUAACUGUUCCUGACAAAUACUUACAUCCUGAUUCAGGGGCAGCAUUCCCUAAAGCCCCAAAUACAUCAUGCUGCUUUGACCAGGCUGUCCCAUUGACACACAAUCAGAAUCUCUGAAUCUCAAAAUCCAAUCAGGUGUCUCAUGCAGCAUUCUGGCUGUAACCAACUCACAAGUUUCCAUGCAUGGUCCCGUGCUUUUUGGGAUUUGGCCAACAGUAGAUGCAAUGAUGGAUGGAUGGACGAUAGGUAUCUAUUUUCUACAUCAUGACUGCAUCCACAAUCGUGGCAUUUCAUUCAUCUAACAGGAAUAGCGUUCCUUGUUUGUCCUGCACCCACAAAGCAGAGGAUGGACUCACAGGCCUGAAGGGCGGAGUUUUCUAUUCAGGAGCGGCAGUCUAUGUAGUGAGCUCGGUUGGGUAAAACUAAGCAUAGAUGCUUGUGAUUUAAAUGUUCACCCCACAUUAGAUGUUUUGUGUUCCAACACUACAAUCAUCACUUGUUUUUCACUCAUCAUUAACUUGUAAAGUUGGGAAAUUUCACCUGUCCACAUCAGAGAUCCCAGAAGUUUUAUUUUCGAUGCUUAUCAGUUACUGGUAAAUGGAUCACACCAGGCUUAAGAAACUGUAGGCCACUGUAGCGUGUAAAUAAUGAAAGCCAAUCAAACUAUCUCAUCUCUUGAAGUGGGUCAGGAAUGCCUUUGAUUUUAAGGUGGAGGGUGCCUCUGACUAAGGCAAGCUCAGGAAGAUCAUGUAUAUGCGUUUAAGACAAACUUACAAAUAGCAACUGCUACAACAGUUUAUCUACUGAUUUGCAAUGUAAACUGUAUUUAAAUCUGAAUCAGUCAGUCAUGUGGCAGCGGUGCAAUGCAUUAAAUCACACAGAUGCGGUUUAGUAGCUUCAGUUAAUGUUCAAAUCUAACAUCAGAAUGUGGAAAAACUGAGAUAUCAGAUGGACGAAGUGUUACCGUUUCUGAAACUGCAGAUUUUCACACAGAAACACACACACACACACACACACACACACAAACACCAGUUGCUAUAGAGUUUUUACUCCGAGUGGAGGCAAAAACAAAGAACAUCCAGUAAGCAGCAGCUCUGUGGAUGGAAACACCUUGUU